AGUUUUGUAUUACAAUAAAAAACCUUGACAGGCACACUUUAACUUUAGUCGUUUUCAAAAUUUUUUCCGGACUUCAGAAGGUAGCCAGCCCUCAGACGACCAGGCCAAUAAUGAAUCAAUUCGCGUUCUGGCGGAGCGAGGUGCAGAAGCAUCAGCUCGAGCAGAUCUCGCCCAUCUGGAAGGACUUGAAUGCAACAUUUGUGACUGUCCUCAGCUGGAGUUGGCUCAUCUACACCCUUUCUGCAUUGGUAAUCCUCGUCUGUGCAUAUUUUGCCUAUUGCGAGCGAUGCCGCAGAACAGAGACUGUAAGGCGUAGGCGGGUGAUUCAAAGAGCCCAGGAGCGACCCCCUCAGAAGCGACGGCCUAAUGCAGCCUAUCGGGAUCAUCAGAUCUACCGUCAUAUCAUCCUUAGCGUGGCCAAAUACAUGAAGAACCCGGAGGGCAUUCGUCCUUUCAUAGAACACAUGGACCAGCUAUAUCCUUUACAAAAUCCAUUGGCCGAUCAACAACAAGUAGCCGAGCUAUCUCUGAACGUCAACGAUGCAGAGCCAAGUACUGGAGAGGAUCAAUGAUCAGGACUUAGGCACAUGGCUGUCCAAGGUGAAAUUUAGUAAGCUUACAUUUCGGUGGUAAAUUUAUAAAUGUAAGGCAAAUAGGAAACGAAGAACUUACAAAUAAAAGUAUCUUAAUAGAAA